CUCAGAGGCUUGAAAGACUGAGGAAAGAACGUCAGAACCAAAUAAAAUGUAAAAAUGUUCAGUGGAAGGACCGGACAUCCUCCCAGUCUGUAGAAGAUCUGGGCUCUCUGUUUGAGAAACGGGAUUAUAAGGACAGGCUGCGGACAUUGGGAACUAAAUCCACCUUGUCCCUGCGUCUGGAGCAGUGUCCUCAGCAGCUCAACAACCCCUUUAAUGAAUACUCCAAGUUUGAUGGCAAGGGUCACAUCGGAACGACAGCUACGAAAAAGAUCGACGUUUACCUCUCAAUGCAGAUGACUCAGGAGAAAGUGCAUCCAAUGACUGUGGUCACCAUUGCAAAUGCCCGCGUGCACGACCUCAUCGGGCUCAUUUGUUGGCAGUAUACAGGCGAAGGGAGAGAACCCAAACUCAAUGAGAAUGUAGAUGCCUACUGCCUCCACAUUGCUGAGGAUGAUGGUGAGGUGGACACCGACUUCCCGCCGCUGGACUCCAACGAACCAAUCCACAAGUUUGGCUUCAGCACUUUAGCGCUGGUGGAGAAAUAUUCAUCCCCUGGCCUCACUUCUAGACAAUCACUGUUUGUCAGAAUAAAUGCAGCUCACGGCUUUUCUCUGAUACCUGUAGACAGCCUGAAGGUAACUAUGAAGGAAAUCCUUCAGAAAGCACUCAAGAAGAGGAAAGGUUCACAGAAAGGCUCUGGGCCCUUGUAUCGUCUGGAGAAGCAGAUGGAGCCAAAUGUUGCUGUUGAUCUGGACUCAACACUAGAAAACCAGAAUACACUGGAGUUCUGCUUGGUGAGAGAAAACAGCUCCAGAGGUGAAGAGAGCUCAGAAGAGGACCCUCCUAUCGACAUCACAUCGGUCCAGGACAUGCUGAGCAGCCACCACUAUAAGUCCUUCAAGAUCAGCAUGAUCCACAAGCUGCGUUUCACUACAGACGUGCAGCUCGGUGUUUCAGGAGAGAAAGUGGAAAUCGAUCCAGUUACCAAUCAGAAGGCGAGCACUAAGUUCUGGAUUCGACAGAAACCCAUCUCUAUUGACUCGGACCUCCUGUGUGCCUGUGACCUUGUAGAGGAGAGAAGUCCCAGUCAUGCUAUAUUUAAACUCACCUAUCUGAGCAACCAUGACUAUAAGCCUCUGUACUUUGAGUCUGAUGCUGCUACGGUCAAUGAAAUAGUGCUGAAGGUUAACUACAUCCUGGAGUCUCGGGCCAGCACCUCUCGGGCUGAUUACUAUGCCCAGAAGCAGAGAAAGCUCAGUCGUCGGACAAGUUUCAGCUUCCAGAAAGAGAAGAAGACGGGUCAGUAGACAGAAGCUGCUGGUGCAGACCUUUUCCUGACCAUCUGUCUCUCUGAAGCUCCUGAUCCGGAGCUGGAGACCUACAGGAUAACAGGCAGGUUUUCCUGCUUUCGUUGAUCCAAGCUGGAGUCUCUGAAUCUCCGCAAGGGAGCAGAUCACGUCAAAACGGAAACUUAAUUUCAACAGACUGAAGAACUGUGGACAGUUUGGCUGUUGUGUAGCAGUCAAGUAUUUUGUUCUCUCACUGCCUCUGUAUUUAAAUUCUGUCUUUCAAGAUGUAUUUGUAAAACUUCUACAAGUUGGUCGAGUUAGCCCAACAAACAGAUCACAGCUACAGGCAAAAAUCUGCUUCUGUUCCUUCUUUAACCCACUGGAGUGGGCCUGUUUUUAUGUACUGUUUAAAAACAUUUUCUAUUCAGGAAAUGAAAUAUUACAAACCAUACUAGCUCAACUGCUUUGAAUUACCUUCUUUCUCCAGUCCUCCUUCUGAAAGCAUCGUUUUAACCAUCUGGUACCUGCACCAGACACCUGGGUUAUUUCUGGCCCUACGCUUUACCAUCACCUACAAAGCUACUAUUUCUUUUCAUGAAAAUUAAUUAAGAAGCAGCUGAGAUGGGUUGGAGAAGCAUGAGAUAACCCUGCAGCUAACUGGCGAAAACUUUUGCUCAUUAUUUUAACGGAUGUUUAGAAUCCCAGCGAGGGUUUAAAGGCGAUCUGGAAAGUCUACCAGUAGAGUUAGAAAUGUGUUGCUUCCAUUGACAGCCCAGUGAGAGACUGGUUUAUCUAAAUGCUUCCAGACAUUUGGAACGAACUAAAGACAAACUCACUGAGACUUAAUGAAAAUGAAUUCAGAGGAACAGGACAUAAACGGCAUUUUUUAAUUUUCCAACUGUCUGUAGAGAAUGACACCAGUAAUUUUAUAAUAAUCCCAUGUUUAAUUAAAAUAGAGAUGUUUUGAUUCGAUGACCAUGAAGGUUCAGUACAGUGAUGCACAGAUCCUGUUCUCUAUUGUUGCUGUGUCACUGCCACUCUGCUGGAUCGAAGCACGAGGAAACAACUAAUGAAAAUGUCGAGCGUCAUGUUUCAAUUCUUUUACUUAGUUUCUAUUUCUGCUUUAGUUUCACGUUUCUACUUUCACUUUUAAUCUGAUUAAUUUAUGGUUUUAUGGUAUAAUUAUUUGCUCUGAACCAAAAUGCCUCCAACAUGACCUCCCAUCUGAUCAGUGUGUGCUCUUCUCCCUUAGAGCCAGUUUCUAUAAGGACCCUUUCUCAUAGGAGUGACAACUGUUUUCUACAAACACAGAACAAGGGCUCAUUUUAACACAUUUACUUGCUGACUAUCUGAAAGCUACUGAUUUGUUUAACCUUUUCCACCGUCUGCGAGCAUAAACAGAAGUGCCUGAACAUUGCUGACACUUGUCUUUGAUUCAGUUGUGUAAUAUUUUUCCCAGGAUGACUUUUUCUAAUGGUAUUAUUGAAAAGCGUUCUAAGCAGACAACAUAAUGGAGGAUAGAGAGCAUGAAAAUGAGUGUCUUAGUACUUAAGUCUUAAUGUCACAUUCUCUCUUUCUGUGUGUGUAGAAGAAGAAACAGUCUUUUAUAUAGUGCCUCUCAAGAUAAGUCGUGAGGUGCUUCACAAGAACAACAAAAAAAAGAGAUGAAAAAAUUAUUAAAAACAUACAAUUGGGAGAAGUAAAAAACUGAUUAAAAAUUAGAUUAAAGGGAAACAGAAUAAGAAAGAGGUAUUCGGUGGAUCUCGGGAAAGGCAGAUUUACAAGUGUGUGUUUGUGUGCGUGAAGUAGAAAGUCUGUAAGGUCAAAUGGACUCAAAGAUCAUAUGAUGUGUGUAAAGUGUGAAUAUAUUAGGAUGAGUUCUCACUUACAGACUUUAAUAGCUAUCUUUAUCCUAGAUGAAAAUCUAAGGCUGGUGAGUGUCAGAAAAAAAUAUUUUCUUCUAAAAAAAGAUACAAUUUGAACUUUAAACCUAAAACACUGAGGCUAAGAUAACUAAAAGAGACCUUUACAAAUCCUGUCCUACAUGAGGUUCUGGAAAACAACCCUUGAUGUUACCUUUGAGCUCAUAUACUGAAAGUUAGACUUUUUUGGGGGGGAAUCAGGGAAUUUUGUUGUGUCCAAAUUAUAAAAACUGGCCUAAGAUUUAUAUGUUGGUAAAACUUGAAAUUAUGUUGUUACUGACACAUAACUUCUAAAACCUUGGGCCUAAAAUAAUUAGAUUUUCAAAGUGGGGGAGACAAAAAUGGCUUGGUGGUGCCCCCCUGUCCCACCCCCCAAAUACGCCCAUGACUGGGCACUUCUAGAAACCACUCAAAAAGACUCCAGCUGGCUCUAAUGUGUUGUUAGGCUACUAGUGACAGAAGAGAAGUCUGGAUUAUGCCCCGAUGAAGGUCGCACGCGACCGAAACGUGUCGGCUUAUAUUGUAAUAAAUUAUUUUUUGGA